ACACACACACACACACUAACCCACCCCCUGUGAUGACAAACCCUCCAUUGCUCGGCGGCAUGUCUGUCUGGGCGAUGUGAUCUAAAACCGAUCCCGUGCCGACGAUGCGUUGACGGAGAUGCGAAAGGUGAACAAAUAAGACGGUUUGUCCUCCGCGGCGGGAUGAAGAAUGAGCGACGAUAAACGCGCGGAGAGGAAUCCGAGUCAACAUAAUCCCUGCGAGCAGCGGGGGGAGGCGGGACGGGGACGAUGAGGACCGCUAUGGCUUCGAUGAAAACAUUAUUCCCGUGUCUGCUCUGGGGGCUCCAGUGCGUUCUGUGUCGCGACGUGUUCCUUCCCCCUGGCACGCUGUACCGCGUGGCGGGGUUCCCCCUCUCCCUGCCCUGCGCCGUCUCCGGAUACGACGGCCCGCGCACGCAGGACUUUGAGUGGUUCCUCAUCAGAGACGACGCCGAAGGGAGGCAGAUGGGAGUGGUGUCCACCAGGGACGAGGGCUUCCCUUACGCCCCUUUCCAGGCCCGGGUGAAGAGCGGGGAGGUGAGGGUCGAGAGGGACUCGGGCGACAAAGUCCGGCUGGUGAUCCAGAGGCUGCGAGCGGAUGAUCAGGGGAAGUAUGAAUGCUACACGCCCAGCACGGACACCACCUACCAGGGGAACUACAGCACCACCGUGCCUGUCAAAGUGAUCCCUGACACGCUGCAGAUCAGCUUCUCCCGCUCGCUCAGCGGGCAGCCCGUGCCCGAGGGCGCCGAGUUAACGCUGACCUGCUCAGCCGGCAUCCAAUCGGAGCAGCUCACCCAUCUGUCCGUCACGUUCGGGAAGCGCGGCGAGGCCGGGGAGGCUUCGGAGAGCGGCGUCGGCGUCCGAGAGGUCAUCUCCAUCGACAAGCUGCUGGCCGUCGUCCCCGGGCCCGCGUACAGGAAGCGCUACGAGGAUGGAGAGAUCACGCUGGAGAAGAGGAACGGGGAGGCCGGCGUGGACGUGUACGUGAUGAAGAUGAGAGCGGUGCGGCCGCCGGACACCGGCGCGUAUUUCUGCGAGGCCUCCCAGUGGAUUCGAGACCCCGAUCGAUCGUGGCAGAAGAUCGCACAGAGGACGCUGGAUAUUGGCAACUUGACCGUUCAGCGACUAGCGGAGUCCCUGAGCAUAACGUCCUCGCCCAAGGGGGAGGUGACGCUGCAGGUCGGGUCCCCUCUCAUCCUGACCUGCGAGGUGUUGGGCCUGCCGUCCGAAGUGAGCUCGGGCCUCCUGGUCCAGUGGACGAAGAAGGGGUCAGAAAGCGGCGGCGUGGCUGGUAGCGGUGGAGUCGAGGUGGAGGUGGCCCGGAUGAGCCCGAACGGCGUUGUGAGCUGGGGGGAUGACCUCAGCCGGGCGAGCGGGGGCUCCAUGGAGAAAGUGGCCGAGGGGAGGUACUCGCUGAAGCUGUUCUCGGCCCGGCCCUUGGACUCGGGGGUGUAUCGGUGUGUGGUGAGUGUGUAUGCCGGGGAAAGGAACCCUGGAGUUUCUACCCCUGCAACGCUCACCCAGAGGUCCGAGGGAGUCACUGUCAACCUCAAGAGCAAAGAUGUGCUCGUUGCCGCUGUGGCUCAUCUACCUCGAGGCCCCCUUUUAAAAAGAGGCAGUACCAUCACCCUCAUCUGUAACGCCACGGUGACGACCACAGGUCCCGCCCAGGCACAGGUGCAGUGGCUGCGCUGGCCGAUCCCCGAACGAGGCGGCAAGAAGAUACCGAGCCCAGCAUUCGAUGUCACUCUACCGGACCCGUCCGUGCAGAAAAGGCCCAUACUGGUAGCUGCCCUCAUGUACGACGGCGUCGCAAAGAUCUACACCAACGGCAGCGAGGUCAGCGUAGAGCGCCUGUCGGCCGGCAGCUACAGGCUGAGGGUCCACGCGGCGACAAUGGAGGAUCAGGGCGUCUACGUGUGUCACGCCCAGGCGUUCGGCCAGGACCCUCAUGGCGGCUGGUACAACACGGGGGCCAAAGCCGAGUCCAAUGCGGUGACUGUUUACCUGUAUGCCAGAGCUGCCGACCUCGUCCUGAUCCCGUUGGUUAUCGGAGUCUCCUCUUCCUUGUUUGUGGGCAUCGUCAUCAUCGCUACGGUGACCUGCUGCUUCAUGAAGCGACUAGCCAGGCAGAGGGCUAUAAAAUAGAUGUUCGCAGUCUCCGUCUGUCGGAAAUCUGAAUGUUCGCAAAGACGCACAAAAAGAGGUAAUACACAGAACACAGUGGUUCAAAUAGCAGGGGAAAAUGAAGUGAAAGAUGACUCGCCCUGUUUAUUUUCUUUUUGCUGUAUUUUGACAAACCUGUUUAAUGUCCAAUGCCAAAAUAAUCGUAAUAAUAGUUUUUUUAUUUUCUUGUAUUUUUAUAUUCAAAUGGUCUCUGACCAAAUUUUAGUGUUUGCUCCACCUCACAGCCACAGGCGUAAUAUUCUAGAUUUUUGAGGCCACUAUCAAAUUGUAGAAAUACUUUUUCUAUGUUAGCUUAACCCAUUGCUUUGUUCAAAUGAAGAAGUGAAAAAUACACACGCUUUUAAAAGACCAGGUCAAAGGCGCCUAAGGUACUGCAGGUAUUUUGAGGAACCUCGUGGAUCCGAGCAAACAGAAGUCACACCUGUGAUUGUUACAAUAUAAAAAAGGCUUCUCCGCCUGUAAUAGCUCUAUUUUCACAUAAAGAAUAUACUGUGUUUUCACAAAGGGUCGGUUGUUUUCCAGUGGUUCUCUCCCUCUCCCUGCAUGUAUUUUUCUAAAUGUCUGUGCAUGGUUAAGCCUCUAGCACUGCCACUGACAGUCACAUGAAUGCUGAUGGGAGCAGUUCAGUGUCCAGAAGCUUAAUCUGAGCAGGAACCUUCCACCGCCUGCAGCCCAGCAGCACUCUGCACGUAAACAAAGUCUCUGUCUGUUACUUAAUAAGGAAGGCGCUGGCCGGCGGCAGGAUGAUGCCACGGCCAAUUGAAUAUCACUUCUAAACACAAGAAUUCUUUGCUUGCGAUACUGCGUGCUGAAGUGAGUUUUCCAUACGGACUUAUGUAGAUUUGACGAGGCGAAAUGGUAGAGUUACCCGUUAUGCACUGAGCUAAAAUAUGUAAAUAUUUUGUGGGGUUUAGCUGUUUUAUUUUUUCUUAAUGUGAGUAAGACCACGCUUUCUUUUACAAAGCACCAGUGUUAAGCAUUCUGCAACAGUCUGCUCUUAUGAAGCACUCUGAGACAUGGGACUGAGUUCAUUUGUUCUUAGACAUUAACUCAGACAGAAAAAAAUCAUAUUUGUCCUAUUUGUGAUGCUGAAAAACUGAAAAAAACAUUGUUUCACACCGAUUAGGUAACUUGUCCCCAAUGUUUAAAUCUCCUCAGCAGCACAGUCAUGUGACAUAGUUUAGUGGAGUGACACUCACAUCAUCGCCAUGUACCGGAGUCAUUGUGACUGCUGCUGACGGAUUCACUGUGUCUGCACACUGCGAAAUGCAUCCUUUUCUUCCUGUGCAAAUUAAAACAUGAAAAGUCGAAUUUGUUGUUAACCAGCUCGUGGGCAGUUCCUUUCUCCUGCUUUGAAUCUGUUUGCAUUGACUUACACUCUGCUGUCUCAGUCAGUCUUUACUGUCUGUCUCCUGGUGGGUUUUUCAAUGUGAGAGUCCCUUUAAAUCUGCUUGUCCUCCCUAUCUUGUGCGCUAUAAACCCCCCCUGUUUUAUAAAUCUCGUUCACAACCAAUAGGGAAUAAAACCACAGAUCUGCUUGCUUCCCGAGCCACUUUGUUCCAGAUCAACUACUCAAAGCUGAUUUGUUCCCCCACAUAUUCGACACACAUGAUUAUAUAGUUACAUGCACAAAUGCACAUGCACCAACAGUGCAGCAGCAGCGCUGGCUGGUAUGUCAGAUGCAAAUAAGUGAGUAUCUGCGUGCUCAUCUCUAAUCCCUGUUCAUGGCGGCAGUUUGUGUCCUGCUGCCCUUCCCCCUCUCUCUCUCUCUCUCUCUCUCUCUCUCGCUCUCUGUGUGUCUCUGACGCAGCGCCAGUUUGGCUCGUGUUUUGAUUCAUUUCUAAUCUCUGUUCACUGAGAAAUACAGCUGACUGUAAGAAGUGCAGCACACGGCGUGCAAAGCAGCUGUAACGAGUUGUGCUUUUGUUUGAGGAUACAUGUUAAACCCUUUUUAUGAAGGUGUUAUGUUUUGACUGUUUACUCAUGCUUUAAAACCACUGUUCCUGAAUGCAUGGAUUGAAAUAUACAAAAAGGCUGGUUAUUGCUGAGUUUCUGAUGGUGCUUUGGCAGACCUGCCAGUUGAAAAAAACAAUAAACCACUCUGGGUUUACAAGA